AUGGCUGACGAAGAGGAUCCAAAAGAAUACCGCUGGGAAACCGGAUACGAAAAAACAUGGGAAGCAAUCAAAGAGGACGACGAUGGAUUGAUCGAAGGAUCGGUUAGUGACAUCAUCCAGAAAGCGAAACGCAAACGGCAAGCGAUGAAACGUGGCUUCAGCAAGCUCGGAAUGAUGCGCCAUCUCUACGUGUUGCUGGAUUGUUCCGAAGCGAUGACGGUACCGGAUCUCAAACCAACACGAUUCAUCUGUUCGCUAAAGCUGCUUGAGCUAUUUAUCGAGGAGUUUUUCGACCAAAAUCCCAUUUCUCAGCUGGGCGUUAUUGCCAUGAAGGCGAAGCGAGCUGAGAAAAUUUCAGAACUUGGUGGUACCGCUCGUAAGCACGUGAAGGCAGUCCAUGCUCUGAACAAUGGCGUUCAGUUGACUGGGGAGCCUUCGUUACAGAACGGUCUGGAGCUGGCACUCAAAACGUUGCGUAUGGUUCCUUCUCACGCCAGUCGCGAGGUGCUGGUUAUUAUGGGCAGUCUCACUACAUGCGAUCCCACAGAUGUCCACGUUACGGUCGAAACGCUCAAAGCCGAAGGCAUUCGGUGUUCCGUGGUAUCACUGUCGGCAGAGAUUCGCAUUUGUAAGUUCCUGUGCACGGAAACGGGCGGGACAUACGGCGCGGUGCUGGAUGAUGCGCACUACAAGGACCAACUGUUACAGCACAUUGACCCGCCGCAGGCCGGAAAUCAGCAAGAAUUUUCUCUGAUCAAAAUGGGCUUCCCGCACGGGAAGACGGAAUCGGGCAAGGAUCCACCGUUAACGAUGUGCAUGUGCCACAUCGAUAGUGCAGAUGAACCGGCCAAGCUAACAUCGGGCGGUUACCACUGUCCUCAAUGUUACAGUAAAUACUGCGAAUUGCCGGUGGAAUGUCUUGCGUGCGGGUUAACUCUCGCUUCGGCUCCGCAUCUCGCCCGUAGCUACCAUCAUUUGUUUCCCGUGCCACACUUCAAGGAACUUCCACUCGAACAAGUGCAAGACUCACGUGAUCCACCGGUGACAACGUGCUACGCCUGCCAGAAAACUCUCUCGAGCGGCAGCGAUAAAAUGGUGUACGAGUGCGGUUCCUGUCAGCAGGUAUUUUGUAUCGAUUGCGACAUCUUUAUCCACGAAACACUGCACUCCUGCGUCGGUUGCACCACGAUUCCAGCAUCAGCGCAACACUUACAGGCGCGCAAACCGGUAGCCCCAUCCCAUAGCUUAUCUAUUCUGUAA